ACGAAGGCCAAGCGUAAAAGCCAAGCUAAUUAGUACACACUACUUCCCCCACGUUGCACUUAGUACGGCAUAUUUUCACAACGUUUUGUUCCUUUCCAGACUUCAAAAAUUUUAAUUCGCUUUUCAAACGAAACAACCACCAGAGAUUCAGACAGUGAUAGAUAGCAACACUGAGUGUUCUUAAAAAUGGCUGACUCCAUCGUUACACCGAGCCGAUCACGUGACCUCGACAAGCUUCUUCUCCGACCCGGCAAUCUUGUAGGUCCUACUUUCGAACCCGGCGUUGAAUUGAGAGAUGACCUACGCGAGUAUGCGCGAAUCUUGGUGGUUGGGGCUGGUGGGUUAGGCUGUGAGCUCUUAAAGGACUUGGCUUUAUCGGGUUUUAAGAAUCUAGAGGUUAUUGACAUGGACCGUAUCGAAGUUUCUAAUCUCAAUCGACAGUUUCUUUUCAGGGUGGAAGAUGUUGGCAAGCCAAAGGCUGAAGUUGCAGCUAAGCGUGUCAUGGAAAGAGUUAGUGGUGUGAAUAUUGUUCCUCAUUUUUGUCGGAUUGAGGACAAAGAAAUUGAAUUUUAUAAUGAUUUUAAUAUCAUUGUCCUUGGUCUUGAUUCCAUUGAGGCUCGGAGCUACAUAAAUGCAGUAGCUUGUGGUUUUCUUGAGUAUGCCUCUGAUGACAAACCACGAGAGGAAACAAUCAAACCUAUGGUAGAUGGUGGGACCGAAGGUUUCAAGGGCCAUGCAAGGGUUAUUGUGCCAGGUGUCACACCAUGCUUUGAGUGUACAAUCUGGCUAUUCCCUCCUCAAGUGAAGUUUCCUCUAUGCACUCUUGCAGAAACCCCUAGAAAUGCUGCCCAUUGUAUUGAAUAUGCCCACUUAAUCAAAUGGGAUGAGGUUCACAGCGGAAAGGCUUUUGAUGCGGAUGACCCUGAACAUAUGAAGUGGGUCUACUCCGAGGCUGUCAAGAGAGCCGAGCUUUUUGGCAUUCCAGGAGUUACAUAUUCUCUCACUCAGGGUGUGGUGAAGAACAUCAUACCAGCAAUUGCUUCCACUAAUGCAAUUAUAUCAGCAGCAUGUGCCCUUGAAACCUUGAAGAUUGCAUCAGGAUUUAGCAAAACUUUAUCAAACUAUUUAACGUAUAAUGGAGUGGAAGGUUUACAUAUAAAAGUGACUGAAUUUGUGAGGGACAAAGACUGUCUUGUGUGUGGUUCGGGGGUUCUUAUUGAGUUGGACACUUCAGUUACAUUAGAAAAGUUCAUUCAUCAACUUGAAGAGCAUCCUAAGCUGCUGUUAUCAAAAGCAAGUGUUACGCACCGAGGGAAGAAUCUGUAUAUGCAAGCACCACCAGUUCUGGAAGAGAUGACCCGAUCGAACCUAAGUCUGCCACUUUAUGACCUUAUGGGUAAAAUUCCGAAGGACAUUGUCCAUGUGACUGGUACAACCGACAAGCAUGACAAGAAGACCUCAUGUCUGAGAAAAUUGCGUGUUGCAUUCAAGGGAAUUGAUGGCGUUACAGAUAUGGAUAUGGCUGGAGGGGCAUGAUUUAUUGAUUGCACCAACUUCUACUUGAAACGAACACAUUGUUUCACAAAUGGGAAAGGUUGAAAUUUGUGGGAAAAGGUAGAAAUUCGUCAACAAUGUGGAUGGUUCUGUACUUGGUAACAUUUUCUCAUAUUCUUCCGAAUAUCUUUUCCAGAAAUGAUUCUGUUACCGAGAACAAUGAUAUUAACAAUUUUUUUUGAGUUUAUAUAAUGCCAUUGGGUAUACUUUUGGGUUC